AUGCAGAGAGGGCCCUUCUUGUCGGUGUGCCGAGUUGCUAAGUCAGGAUAUUUGUCAACGCUUAACAAUCUGAAAGUAUUCCAAAUGCACGACAAAAAAUUUGCUGAUUGUUUCAGAUUCACUGAGGAUGAAAUCUCUAUCAUUCUUCAACAUAACAAUAAGGAAGAUCAGUUGGAUGAUAAAAAAGUCAUUAACUUUACUCCAAAAAGCGCGAUCAAUGUGAAGAUUUUGGAAGACAUUGAUUACAACACACUAUCUCCUCGUGCAAGUGAUGUAAUAUGGACUCUACUAUACUAUGAAGACUAUCUUACCAUGAACGAAGACAAAAAUCUAUACAUCAAAGACACAGAGGUUUUCACAGAAUGGAAAGAGUGGUUAAAUAAUAGAAAUUCAUCUAAUCCAGAUACAUGCUGA